AGUAUCCUCAUCCAGCGUCCCUCUCACGUGUGCGCCAGUGUCAAUCAAUCCAGCGCGUCAUGAGUCUCAUUCACAGGUGAUAUCUAUUAGCUUAUCUCCUAUAUGCUGUCAGCUGUCGCUUCCUGCGGUCUAUCAAACCUUUUCCUUCCUGUGGUGGGAGAAAUUGUAGGUGGAGGGUUUGGCAAGCUGCAGUCCGCUUUGCAGAUGCCAUGGUUGAGCAGUGAGCAUGGCGGAAAAUCAUCUGGAGUACGGCUACCUGGAGGGCGAGUCCAUCGUGGAGCAUUUCGCCGACGACGCGGAGCUAGCGGCCAUCAAAGCCAGAGUUCAUGAGAUGGAGAUGGAAGAAGAGUCGGAUAGACUGGAGGAGGAGAGGUGUGAUGCAAUUGACAUGCACCUCCUAACCAGUAGCCCUCGGCCUGGACCAUUCUACAACAUGACUCCAGAGGAGAGGAUGGACGCAGACAACAGAUCAGUCUAUGUCGGAAAUGUUGACUAUGGAGCUACUGCAGAUGAGCUGGAGAUCCAUUUCAAUGGCUGUGGUCCCGUCAACCGAGUGACCAUCCUGUGUGACAGGUUCUCAGGCCAUCCAAAGGGUUUUGCUUACAUCGAGUUCUCUGAUCCAGAUUCUGUUCACAGUGCUGUUGGUUUGCAUGAGACCUUGUUCAGAGGAAGGGUCCUUAAGGUAAUGCCCAAGAGGACCAACAUGCCAGGCAUCAGCACCACGGACAGGGGAGGACACAGAGGUGGCCACACCAGAGGCAGGGGCCGUGGUUUUCGUCCGCCCCGAUACCAGAACAACACUCGCGGUAGGUUCCGGUACCAGUCGACCAGGCCACAACACCAAACCCCCCACCCUUACUACGGAGCGCCUCCAGUGGGGAAGAGACAGUGGGGACACAUGGACUACCACGAACAGAUGCCUAAACGUUACCCGUGUCUUCUCCUCAUCACCCCCCCAUCAGAGGAAAUGGGGCCAGGUUCAAGUGGUCCGCACUACCCUCAACAGCGCUAGCACUAACUACAAAAUGCAUAAUAAAAUUGGGUGAAAAUUACUAAUUAUUUUAAAGAAAUGUUUACAGGCAUUACUGAGUUGAGUAUUAUGUGAGAGCCAGAAUGGAGAAAGAGAUGACUUUCUAAGUUGCAUCAGUGAUUCAGGACGUGAAGAGAAGAAGACUGAGUCCAGAGGUGUUGCAUUAUUAGCUUAUGUUGAUGUGGAUGCAUGGGACAAUCCUCAAAUAGUUAUGCAGUUGCAUCUCUUACUGUUUUUACAAAUUGGUUGAGAAUAUUUUGUGUUGCUGCCUGCAAUGUAUUGUAUAAAGUCUCCCUAUGUAUAACUUAAUUUAUUUGCUAUGUUAGAAAAUAAAUAAAACAAUGAUCUGUGA